AUGGCGCCUAUGUGGUCCGUCUUCGAUCUCGACAAUGACAGUGACUGGAAUUUCGACGAAAUGUCAGCUUUUCUCGGACAAGUACUCCAGUACUGGCUUUCAGAUAGCCGCAGGACUGCACGCAAAAGCAAGGAUGUUUUUCCAGGUUGGUGAACCGCUCACUCAAAUCCAGUUUGCUGGAAUAAAGAGGCAGCUGGGCGUCGAAGGGGAGCUCAUCCCAUUUGGUAAGAUACCUGAUAAUUGCCUGAUAAUCUACCGAGACAUAUACGCAUCGCAUGAAUGGAUCGCAAACAUGAAUCAGCCAUUUGUGUACGUGCAGAAGCGAUCGAGAGCAACCCAACGGUCGCCGACACAUGGCUCACUGAGUAACUGAGUACCUGGAGAUCCUCAUUAUCCCUUCCAUCCAGAUCAGAUUCCUUCCGUCAGAUAUCUGGAUAAAAUGCGGAUCCCAGCCGUUGCACUCCUUGGUCGAAAUGCGACUGAUUACAUGACCAAGGUAUUUGGCUUUGAUUCAGCAAUUUGGAAGUUUACACAGCCACCAUUUGGUGUGUCGGUUGCCGCCAAGAUCCACAGGGUGUGGGCCGACCGGCCCUUCUCUGAAUCACUAGCAAAGUCGAACAUGAAUGUACGCGCGGAAGAAAUUACACAUGACCCCUGCAGGGAUGCCAUUAUGAUAUUGGUUCUGCAAUGCUCGCUGUGUAUAUCUGUGUACAUCUCUCUAUGUCUCGGCAUCGGUGAAGACAACCGUCGACCAAAUCAUGGACCUCGUCUCGACGGGAAACGUUGGCUCACGGGCGAUGUCUUCCUGGGUGUACGAAGUUACAGAAAAGCUCUACCUUCGAUAACUUUGUUGUCAAUGAUUGCAGGCGGGGAUUCCCAGCUCACCACGUGCUCCGCUUCACCCGCGUAAGCUGAAAUGAGAUCAGCAGAUGCAAAUUGGGUGGCUAUGUGUGAAUUUUUCCGCCUACCGUGGACGCCCACCAGGAGAAUAAGACCUGCUUCGCCAUUGGGCCUCUAACUGAAGCGCCAGGCGUGGAGCUGACUGGUCGACGCUGCACUUGGAAGAGACGCCGCCGGGCACACGCUUGUAUGACUGCCGUCACUCAGGCACACGUUGGGGCUUGGAGUAUGGCGAGUAUGCUCUGAGUGGCAUUGACUUCACCAAGUACGCCGCCGAGUAUGGCGUAUCCCCUGACGGGCGAGAGUUCAAUGUCCGGAUCGAAGUAAGUGCCAGUCCUGCAUACCUGUGCCUGUGGGUAUCUGUAUGUCUGUCUGUGGUCUGCACGGAAGGUGCCUGCAGAGGUGCUUCCGAUCAACUUUGAUCUAUCAGCUGCAGACGCCCAGGAGUCACCUUUAGCGGACUGGCAUCGUGAGAUACAUACUGACGCCACGACCGGUGUUUGCGUCUGUCUGUCCGUCGGUCUGCAGAUGUGGGCGUGA